AUGCCGACCUUGAAGAAGCCCCGGCCCCCACCACAGGCCCCGCUUCCCUGGAUCCUCCCGAGCCUGUUUGCCGCCUUCAAUGUAGUGCUGCUGGUCUUUUUCGGCGGGCUCUUCUUCGCAUUCCCUUGCAGGUGGCUGGCCCAGAGUGGGGAGUGGGCCUUUCCCGUCAUCACAGGCCUCCUCUUUGUCCUCACCUUCUGCAGUCUCAUUUCACUCAACUUCUCAGACCCUGGCAUCUUGCAUCGAGGCUCCGACGAUCAGGGCCCCAUGAUGGUACACGUGGUGUGGGUGAACCACAGGGCCUUCCGCCUGCAGUGGUGCCAGAAGUGCGGCUUCCACCGCCCACCACGAACCUACCACUGCCCCUGGUGCAACGUCUGUGUGGAGGACUUCGACCACCACUGCAAGUGGGUCAAUAACUGCGUCGGUCACCGCAACUUCCGCCUCUUCAUGCUGCUCGUGCUGUCCCUAUGCCUCUUUUCGGGUGCCGUGCUCGUCACCUGCCUCGUCUACCUGGUGCGCACAACCCACAUGCCCUUCUCCAUAGACAAGGCCGUCGCUAUUGUCGUGGCUGUACCCGCCACCGGCCUCCUGGUGCCGCUGUCCCUGCUGCUGCUGAUCCAGGCGCUGUCGGUGAGCGCGGCCGAGCGCUCCUACGAGGGCAAGUUCCGAUACCUGCAGGGAUACAACCCCUUCGACCAGGGCUGUGCCAGAAACUGGUAUUUAACGAUCUGUGCACCACUGGGACCCAAGUACAUGGCCGAGGCCGUCUGGCUGCAGAGAGUGGUGGGGCACGACUGGGUGCCCCUGCAGAACCUGCACUCCCCGACGUGCCCUUCUGCGCCCAGUCCCCUGGCCUCCCAACCUCUGAGCCUCUACAUACCAGGCAGGGGGCUCCCAGGGAGUGGCGAGGCUUCAGCUCUCCAGGAGCUCCACGCCAGCCCAGUGUUGCCCCUGCUGCAGGAGAGAGGCCCCCAGACGGCGUCAGCCUUCCUCUCACAUCUUCACACCCGGCCUUUCCAGGAACACCUGCACCAGAGCCUCACCUCUUGA